AUGGAAGUGAAUCAUGAAAAAUCUUUCUGCUUUUUUCAGAAUCACUUUGAACACUCCAAGAAGCUGGACUUACGUAUACAUAGAGUAAGCAAUGUAACUUAUAAACGAGAAGAUUAUGAAAUUCAUCCUGUCGACAGUGAUGAAUUACCUGGUGAUUUAGAUCCUGAUACAGUAUUUAAUUUGAAUAUAAUUGGUAAUUUCGAGCCAAAACAACCUCAAACUCGAACAGGAACAUAUGAAGAAGGUCAACCAGUCGUAGUUGAUAAAAAUUUGCCCGAAGUUAGGCGAUCAAUAAAUGAGUAUGGUUUCAACACUUAUGUUAGUGACAUGAUUUCUUUAAAUAGAAGUGUUCCUGAUGUUCGGAUUAAUGAGUGUAAAUAUUGGCAUUACCCUGAAGAUUUGCCUACUGUUAGUGUUAUUAUUGCAUUUCAUAAUGAAGGAUGGACACCAUUACUUCGCACUGUUCAUUCCGUCUUAUUACGUUCUCCGCCACAUCUGCUUAAGGAAAUCAUCAUGGUUGAUGACUACAGUAAUAAAGAGCAUCUUAAAGCUCCCUUGGAGAAUCAUAUAAAGCAGUUCAAUGGAAAAGUAAAACUGAUACGAAAUCUUGAGCGUGAAGGGCUUAUUCGCACGCGAAGUACAGGAGCAAAACAAGCAGUUGGUGAUGUCGUUAUAUUUUUAGAUGCACACUGUGAAGUAAACAUUAAUUGGUUGCCUCCAUUGCUAGCGCCUAUACGUCAUAAUAGAAAAGUUAUGACAGUACCAAUUAUAGAUGGGAUUGAUGCCGAAAACUGGGCUUAUCGAGUCGUUUACGGUUCUGCGGAGAAGCAUUUUCGGGGUAUAUUUGAAUGGGGGCUUCUAUAUAAAGAAACCGAGAUAUCUGGACAAGAUUUGGCGCGAAGAAAAUACAAAAGUGAACCAUUUAGAUCUCCAACUCAUGCCGGUGGUUUGUUCGCAAUUGAAAAAAAAUGGUUCGAAGAAUUAGGUUAUUAUGAUCCAGGAUUACAAAUAUGGGGUGGUGAGCAAUAUGAACUAUCUUUUAAAAUUUGGCAAUGUGGAGGUGGAAUUUUGUUUAUACCUUGUUCCCACGUCGGUCAUGUAUAUCGCUCACAUAUGCCAUAUGGUUUUGGAAAACUUUCUGGAAAACCAGUUAUUUCAACUAACAUGGUUCGUGUUAUUAAAACAUGGAUGGAUGAAUAUGAAAAAUAUUAUUUCAUUCGAGAACCCUCUGCACAACAUCGAUUACCUGGUAAUAUCAGUGCACAAAUGGAACUUAGGAAAAAACUUCAGUGUAAAUCGUUUAAAUGGUAUAUGGAAAAAGUUGCUUAUGAUGUUCUGGUGUCUUAUCCGCUUUUGCCGGAAAAUCAUGUUUGGGGCGAAGUUAAAAAUGACGCCACAGGAAAAUGUAUUGAUACAUUAGGCUCGCCAGUACAAGGCAUUGUUGCUGCAUCAUUGUGCCAUGGUUUCGGUGGACAUCAGUUGAUUAGAUUAAAUACUGAAGGCCAGCUGACGCAAGGAGAAUGGUGUAUAACACCCAAAAAUGAGUAUUUAAUAACUGGUCACUGCAUCAAAGGAACAGUUAAUGGACCUUUCGUUUACGAUGAGGAAAGCAAACAAAUAAGAGUUGGCGAUUUGUGCAUAACAGUUGCUGAAGCCACGUCUAUCCAGUCCUUACUAAUGAAAAAAUGUAAUCCGAAGAAUGAACUGCAAAGGUGGCACUGGCGUGAAAUUUUUAUAGAUUGA